AUGAUUACUUAGAACUUUCAGAAGUAGAUUCAAACGCUGUUGAACUCUUUGAACAAUUAAGUAAUUUUAAUAUUUUUUAGUCAAAAUCAAAAGAUAGUCUUAAGAUUUGUGUUAAAUUUUUUGUUGUUUUUCUGA